AUGGGUUUAGUCCUCGUGGAUCGCUGGGGAAGACGACCACUUCUUAUGACUUCAGCAUUUGGAUUAUGCUUAAGCUCUAUCACGUUGGCGGUAGCUUUUGGAGUUAAAGAUAUUCCCGAGAUUCAAAACAUUACUCCAGUUUUCACUUUCAUCGGAAUAUUGUCAUUCACGAUGAUGUUUGCAUUUGGAAUGGGGGCGUUGCCAUGGAUUAUAAUGUCUGAGAUAUUUCCAAUGGAUAUAAAGGUUUUAGCUGGGAGUUUAGUGACCAUAGCCAAUUGGUUCACUGGUUGGAUCGCCAACUAUUGUUUCAAUUUUAUGUUGGUUUGGAGCCCAUCCGGAACUUUUAUUAUAUCAGCAAUUGUUUGUGGAGGGACAAUUGUAUUCACGUGGUUUUUGGUGCCAGAGACUCAAGGAUUAACUUUAACUUCUAACCAUGCGGCUGCUUUUGGGGAUGAUAUUGCGAUUGAGUGUCUUGCUACUGAGUUUAAACGAGAGAUCUAUGUGGUGCAAGCGCAUGGGUCUGAUGGGAUGGUGGAGGAAGAGAAUUGUGUGUUCUUUCUUCCACAUAAGCCGAGAAGUGAGGUUGUUGAAUCUCCAGUGUUUCUAUUCAUGAAAGGCACAGGGUGGUGUGGUGGUGGAGCAGAUCAUUAUGAGCCAUUGAUAGCGAGUCCGUCUCAGAUGAUAUCUCAAGAGAAAGUCGCCUUCGUUCUGUGA